AUGGACGAAUUUGUCAACGCCAACCACUGGUACGUCCCGCCGUCGUCGGGCCCUAAUGCAACGCCUACGCCUACCAACAUGGAAAUAACAUCGCCAGUUAGCACUGAUGAGUACAAAAUCAGUGAUAUGGAGCCCGCUGUAGGGAAGGGCAAGGGCAAGGUUGCGGAUGAUGAGGGGCCGAAGAAGUAUAGUCCGCAGGAGACAUUGUGGUUGGCCAAGAACUUCGUCGAUGUCUCCGAGGAUCCUAUCGUCGGCAACCAACAGAGCGGCAAAGCGUUCUGGGAGCGGAUUGCGGAGAAGUACAACGUUAGUCGACCAAAAGGAUCGUUCGAGCGUAGCUACGUGAAGCUAUGCAACCAUUGGGGUCGGGGUCCAGAAGGAUGUGAACAAGUGGAAUAG